AUGAUGGCAGGGCUCACCAUCAACUCGCAACAGACCAUGCCAUCAGGCUACAAGAUCCCCGUCCUUGGAUAUGGCGUUUACCAAACACCAGCAGACAUCGCUUCCGAGGUGGUUGAGCACGCGCUCAAAGUCGGCUAUCGCCACGUUGAUUCUGCCGUCGCCUACCGGAACGAGCAACCAUCUGCGGAAGGCAUGAAGAAGUCGGGCAUUCCAAGAGAAGAGCUAUUCUUCACGACAAAGAUCCCUCCGAAAGACAUGAGCUAUGAGAACUCGAAACAGCACAUUGAAAACACCCUCAAGAUCACCGGAUUCGAUUACGUCGAUCUCUACCUCCUGCACAGUCCCUACGGCGGUAAGGAGAACCGCAUCGGUGCGUGGAAAGCGCUAGUUGAGGGUGUGCAGGCAGGCAAGAUUCGCUCAAUUGGCGUUUCCAACUACGGCGUGCAUCAUCUAGACGAACUAGAAGCGUGGAUCAAAGAGACGGAGGCAAAAGAGGGCAAGGGCAAAGGUGGAGUCCUCAGCGUCAAUCAGGUAGAGCUUCAUCCAUGGCUCGCGCGUCCAGACAUCGUAGACUGGUGCAAGCAGCGAGGUGUGUUAUGCGAAGCAUACAGUCCAAUCGUGCGCGCAACGAAGAACGACGAUCCGCUGCUCAAGCCACUCGCGAAGAAGUACAACAAGACGCCUUCGCAGAUAUUGCUGAGAUGGAGUAUACAGAUGGGAUUCAUACCGCUCCCCAAAUCCGUAACCAAAUCUCGCAUCGAGGAGAACGCCCAAGUCUAUGACUUCGAGCUCAUAGCCGAAGAGAUGAAGAGCCUGGAUACCGGAGUGUAUGAGCCCUGCGCAUGGGAUCCCACCGUCAGUCACGACUAA